AUGCUGACUUUAGGUCAUGAUAUUAAGUUAUUUCAAGGUAUUAAGCUGGCUAGGCAGACUCUAAAGGUUAUACAUUUGUUCUUUGCAGAUGACGCUAUGCUUUUCUUACGUUCAAUAGAGAAUUCAUGUACUCACAUUAGUGGUAUUCUAGACCGUUUCUACAGAAUUUCAGGGCAACAAUUGAAUCUUGCUCAAUCCUUUAUCAAGUUUAGUCCGGAUACUUUUCUUCCACAACAGCAAUUCUUGAAGAAAAUUUUGCGGAUGCCUCACGUUGUUGAAUUGAUUGGUUCUUGGAAUGGUUUUUUGUUGUCCCAAGCGCAAAAACUUGUUCUGAUUAAUUAUGUUCUUGUUGCUACGGUCUCUCAUGUAAUGAUGAGUUUGGAAAUUCCUGGAUCAGUUGCAAAUAAGAUCGAUUCAAUGAUUGCGACUUUCUUCUGGGCUAAACAAGGUCAAAAGGGAUGGGGGGGGUGUACUUUGAAGAUUGGGAAUGGGAGUAAUUUUAUUGAUUCGAAGGAAAAAUGGGUUCAUGGUAGGAUUCAUGUGUUUGCUUCUCAUAUACGUUUGUCGGAUGCGAGGUUAUGGAAAGUUAGUCAUUUUAUUCAGAGUCCAAAACUUCGAUGGAAUGCUGCUCGUGUUAGAAAUUCAUUUGAACAUAAGGAUGCUAAUGACAUUCUUUUUGUUGAGUUGUCUUCCUGUCCUUCACCGGAUCUAUUAUACUGGGAAAACCAUUCCACUAGUAAUUUUACGAUCAAGUCUGGUUAUGAUUUUCUUCGGGAAAUGGACAUACAUCAACAACCACUGAGUAGAUUGCAAUAG